CAAUACAAAAUCAUAAAUGUCCGAUCGCUUUGUCCAUCCAUUGUCUUUGCAUAUUUUUUAUUAAUUUGGCCUACGUGUUUUGGCUUUGUCGCAGCUGGAGGGGGUUUAUAUACUAAUGGUUUUUACCACCAAGGUCGUCAUACCAGAUUCCUUCGUCCCGGAGACGAUACCUCAGGCCUCACUCUCACUCUCACCGGUAUAACUCCAAUAGAUUCCUUCUCUUUCUACUAAUAUCCAUUUAUCAUCAUGUCUGCUGCCGUUCAAGCCACCCGAAACUCAUUGGAUACCCUCCCCCUUGAACUCGUCCUCAAAAUCUUCCACAUGGCCACCUUUGACGAGCCUGACUAUAACGUUCCACUGGCUCUCAGUCAUGUCUCCAGAGGCUGUCGCGCGGUCGUCAGCCUCGAAGCACGUCUGUGGACUACCAUCGAGCUCAAUAACAAAUCUGCAGUCCGGCGUGUGGUUGCAGGCGCCGAUCCCCAGGACGUCUUUCCCUCACUCUCAGUCUAUCUCCGUAACUCUGGCCGGCUUCCUUUGAACCUCUCUAUAAAGUACGCCGGAGCUCCUCGCGAUGCAGAAAAUCCGGUUCCAUUCGGCUACACCGAACCUUGUGCCAACGGCUUCACACUUUCCCAUGCCACUCUCCUCGGCAGCAUCCUCGCUCGCCAUGCACACCGUCUUGCGCGUUUCACUGUCCACACAAAGUCAUGGCAAAUCUAUACUCUGAUUAUCAACGAAUGGGUGGGCCUUCGUUUACCUCUCCUCGAGAGCUGGGACGUGGAAUACGGCAUUUUCAGCGAUGCCUGUUUAUUCGAGGAGUAUCCCCCUCUGUGUGAACGUGAUUUAGAUGCCAGUGAGAAUAUUCUCACGAACAAUGGCAACGGUGUUACUGUGAAUCAAUUGGUCGAGAUUGGUCAACACUUUUUCCCGAGUCUGAAGCGCCUUCGCCUCAGCGGGACGCCGAACAAAUGGACUUUCUCCGCUAGCAACCUAGUCGAGCUCGUGCUUCAGAACAUCCCGAAUAACUAUCGUCCUACGGGCAAGGCUCUGCAAUCCAUUCUAAGCAACAGCCAGCACACCUUGCAGGUCCUCGAGCUAAACGGUGUACUCCAAGAUAAUGUGAAUGACUCGACCCAACAAUUGUCACUCCCCGCCGUCCACACCCUCAAAGUCGGAUUUGCUUACGUCGACGAAAUCGUCACCCUCCUCCAAAUCGCAGAGUUCCCCGCUCUCACCGACUUGACGCUCUGGCAUCUGGAAGACUGCCUCAACGAGGAUCAACGACACCAGGACGAGAUGGUCGAGAUUUUUCAAGCCAUGGUUGACAACCUGCCCCUGCGCCAACUGACGACACUUCACAUGGAUGCCAUCUCUUUUCCCAGGGAGGAUUUGUACUCCACACUUUGCUGGGCCGCCGUACGAAACGGCGUUGUCACUCAAGCGCAGUAUCCCGUUGUUAUGCGGUUCACCUCCGAGCUUAACGCUCUGCAGACGCUCACCCUUGUUCGGCCCGACCCAUUAUUCCUUCAAUGCAUGGGUUACUCUCCACCGUCUUCGAUGCUAUUCCUUCCGUCCCUCCGGAAUCUCAGAUGCGAGACGUCGAUCCCGAAAGAUUGUCUCUACAUUACAAAGUUUUGGCAACGUCGCAUCAACGCGCUAGCGCUCCUAUCCGGAGGGAUGUACCCUGGCCCUGGUCUUGAGAGGUUGGAGUUGUUGCUCCCACAAACGCAUGAUAGCGUGCAUCUGCAGGAAUGGAAGGACAACCCUCAGCCGUAUGCAAUGUGGAUGGGCGUCGAGUUUCAACCCGAGCAUAUCCCCUUUGUCAUUGACCAGGAUGACGAUAUAUAUAUGGAAUCAGACGAAGACGAAGGUGAAGGUGAAGAUGCUAUGGCAGAGGAUUAAGGCUAGCAUUUGUCUGUUU